UUCCACGGUUUUCACCUAAAGCCCAGAGGGUUUUGGGCAUUAUGUGGCGGUUGGGCCUUUACGGGAGCUGGGGGAUAUUUUAUUCUAUUUAUUUGGGCUGUGAGGGCGUUGAGGGCUGUGAGGGGAACAUGGCUGCCAGGGCCUGAGGGGAACUGGGGCGGUGUGAAAUGGAGAGCUGAGGUAAUUUGGGAUAAUUUGAGUUGUUUAUCCUUCUUAGAUAGAGCCAGGAUGGGGAAACGCAGGAGCCGCCCAAUUCCAGGCGACAGGAAAUUCCACGCUCCCAAGGCCAAGAGGAUCCUUCUGGAAGCACCAGGAGCCGAUCCCUGUGGAGAUCCUGCCAGGAUGGAUCCCGAGGUCCCAAAAGGGGGAAAAACUCCCCCUAAAAUUGGUGGUUUUAAUGUGAAUUUUCAGGAAGGGAGAGACGAGGAAAUUGGAGGUGGCAGAGCACUGGGAUCACCAAACCAGGGCAUUUCCCAUGGGGUGGAAAAGAAUCAUCUGGAAUCGCCCCAGGUGGGAAUUUUGGAAGUGGAUGGGGCAGGAAAGGAUGAGUUGGAGUCACCAAAAAUAGGAAUUUUGGAUGGGGCAGGAGAGAAUUGUGGAGAAUCGUCAAAAUUGGAGGUUUUGGAGGUGGAUAGGGCAGGAGAAGAGAAGAUGGAGCCACUAAAAAUGGGAAUUUUGGGUGGAACGGGAGAGGAGCAGCUGGAACCACCAGAAAAAGGAAUUUUGGAGAUGGAUGGGGCAGGAGAAGAGAAGAUGGAGCCACUAAAAAUGGGAAUUUUGGGUGGAACGGGAGAGGAGCAGCUGGAAACACCAGAAAAAGGAAUUUUGGAGGGGUAUAGAGCAGGAGAAGAAAAGCUGGAGGCACAGAAAAUGAGAAUUUUGGAUGGAAUGGGAGAGGAGCAGCUGGAAUCACCAGAAAAAGGAAUUCUGGAGGUGAGUGGGGCAGGAGAAGAGCAGAUGGAACCACCAAAACCAGGAAUUCUGGAUGGAACAGGAGAGGAGCAGCUGGAACCACCAAACCCAGGAAUUUUGGAGAUGGAUGGGGCAGGAGAAGAGCAGAUGGAGCCACUGAAAAUGGGAAUUUUGUGUGGAACAGGAGAAGAUCAGCUGGAAUCACCAAAAAAAGGAAUUUUGGAGGGGGAUAGAGGAGGAGAAGAAAAGCUGGAGGCACAGAAAAUGGGAAUUUUGGAUGGAAUGGGAGAGGAGCAGCUGGAACCACCAAAAAAAGGAAUUUUGGAGGGGGAUGGAGCAGGACAAGAGAAGAUGGAGCCACUGAAAAUGGGAAUUUUGGGUGGAACAGGAGAAGAUCAGCUGGAAUCACCAAAACCAGGAAUUUUGGAGGUGGAUGAGGCAGGAGAAGAGCAGCUGGAAACACCAAAACCAGGAAUUCUGGAUGGACCAGGAGAGGAGCAGCUGGAAUCACCAAAAAUGGGAAUUUUGGAGGUGGAUGGGGCAGGAAAGGAGCAGAUGGAAUCACCAAAACCAGGGAUUUUAUCACCAAAAAUGGGAAUUUUGGAGGUGGAUGGAGCAAGAGAGGAGCAGCUGGAACCAAACUGGGAGAUUCCCAAACUGGGAAUUUUGGGUGGAACGGGAGAGGAGCAGCUGGAAUCACCAAAACCAGGAAUUUUAUCACUAAAAAUGGGAAUUUUGGAGGUGGAUGGAGCAGGAGAGGAGCAGCUGGAAUCACUGGAAAUGGGAAUUUUGGGUGGAACGGGAGAAGAGCAGAUGGAAUCACCAAAACCAGGAAUUUUAUCACCAAAAAUGGGAAUUUUGGAGGUGGAUGAGGCAGGAGAGGAGCAGCUGGAACCAAACUGGGAGACUCCCAAACUGGGAAUUUUGGGUGGAACGGGAGAGGAGCAGAUGGAACCACCAAAACCAGGAAUUUUAUCACCAAAAAUGGGAAUUUUGGAGAUGGAUGGGGCAGGAGAGGAGCAGCCAGAGGCAAACUGGGAGAUUCCCAAACUGGGAAUUUUGGGUGGAGCAGGAGAGGAGCAGCUGGAAUCACCAAACCCAGGAAUUUUAUCACCAAAAAUGGGAAUUUUGGAGGUGGAUGGGGCAGGAAAGGAGCAGCUGGAGCCACUGGAAAUGGGAAUUUUGGGUGGAGCAGGAGAGGAGCAGCUGGAAUCACCAAACCCAGGAAUUUUAUCACCAAACCCAGGGGAUUGUGGAGCCCCCGAGGGAAGCUCAGAGCCCUGGCACCCCCCAGGCCACCCCCACCCCACAUCCCCGACGAACACCCCACGCCAAAGCUCCAAACCCGCCGAGCCGCCCGACGCCAGCGACGUCAUCCGCGGGCUGAUCCGGGAGCUCUCCGACCUCAACCGCCUGGCCAUGGGUGCCCGCCGAGGGCUGGAGCUGCUGCUGAGGAGGCCGAGGGCACGGCGGGCACGGCGGGCACGGAGGGCAGCGCCCGCUGGGAGCCGCUGGAAAGAGGGGUAGGGAUGUCGGGAGGGACAGAAAUCUUUGGGGAUUUAUUGGUGGAAUAAAGCGAGGUUGGUCUGGAGAAUGCA